UAAAAUUUCCACAUGCAAAGAAUGUGCACAUUUGCUAGUAACAAAUAAAUAGGGGAAGGCUCUAGAUGAUUUGAAAAAACUCAAAGAGUGUUGUUAAUCAAUUGGCUUUCUUUAAGAACAUGUGAAAGUUCUCAAUACUAAGUUGUAUGGGUAAUACUUGAUAACAUUAACAUCUAAUCUGACACACAAUGUAGAUUUGUAAUCCAGGGAGAGCAUCUUAUUCUUAUCAUCUAUUUUUUUUUUUUUUUGAUAAAUGAAUGAGAUUUAUUAAUCAGCAGAGGAGAAUAGUACAAUGUCCCAAGGAGAGGCACAAGAUGCAACCUCUCCUGGUUAGUUAAGUAUAGCUUCCACUAUAUUAUAACAACUUACAAAUAGCACAAAAAAGGACCUCCCUGGAUACUCCCUGUUUAACCAGAGAAGCAGCCAUAGUAUUAGCUGACCUACUUACCCAUUUUACCUCAAAUCUCAUGUUCCUAGUUAACCACUUUACUUUUUUGAUGAGUUCUUUGUAGCCCCAAAUGGUAGCAUCCGGGUUAAGCAGCCUCCUUGUUACCACCUGAGAGUCCCCUUCAACUAGGAGAUGCUCCACCCCAAGCUGCUUAGCAAUCUGAAUUCCUUGUACUGCAGCUAGUAUUUCCACCCUCAUAGAGUCCCCCACUCCCACCGGUCCUGAGAAUAAGGAGAUGAUGUUGCUGUCCUUGUUCCUCAGGAUACCCCCAAUACCUGAUGGCCCAGGGUUACCUUGGCUGCUUCCAUCAAAAUUUAACUUGAUGAUACCUUCUGACGGCGGAUCCCAUUCUGAUAAGCAUUUGUUCUUCUUUGUAGAAGGAUUAGCUAUUACUAACCAAUUCCUCCACAAAUCAUCAAAAGAGAAAUCAUCGAAUAUCUCCAAGGUUUUCAGCCAAUGUAUUGCUCUUGUUAGAAUGCAGUCCUUCCCUUCUUCUAAUCUUUUCCUUCUCUAAGAAAACUCUUGCAUUCCUUUCCUCCCAUAGUGUCCAUAAGGUUGCUGCCUUGACACAUUUCCACAUGAACUUGCCUCUUCUAGUGUGCCAAACAAAAAAAGAAGGGUUAAAUAACAUACUCAAAUCAGUUGGCGGAGACCACCUCCCUCCAAAUAAAUUAAGGCUCCAACUCCAUAAGUCUGUAGCAAGGGAGCAGGAAAUCAGCAAAUGGAAACAGUCCUCAUUCUGGGCCUUGCACAAGAAACACCAAUUUGGGGAGAGACAUAGAGAGGGUCUCUUUUUCUGCAAGUUUUCCAAGGAAUAGAUCUUGCUGCAACCGCUGUGAAUGGUGAUGAGUCCACCUCACAUACCCGGAGCUUGCCUGGAAGUUUUGGCAGACUAAAAGCCCCACAAGUAAGAGCUAUGAUCAGAAAAUCUUCUAGGACUAAGCAUGAAACUGGAGGAUCCAUUCAUAGGGAGUCAGGCGCAGAAAACUUGCAUUCCAAUUUAUCCGAUAUUUCAGAUCCAGAAAUUGAAUUCGCCAAGAAAAAUAAAAGUACAGGUCAUCUCAGACAUAUUGUGAGAAUGUCAAGAGCUUCCCAGUCAGAAAAAAUCAAAGAUAUGUUUCAAGGUUCUGAGGUACCACCAGGCACAAGGAGUUCUGAAGUAACUCAAGAACAUCCUUUUAGAAACCAAACAACAUCAUCGGAAGCUCACGAGCAUGAUAAUGAAGAUGCUGAACCAUUCCAUUCAGUCUCAGGAGCUCCCACUGCCUACUUAAGAAAAUGGGGUAAUGGUGAACCCAUGCAGAACUCGAGAUUUGGUUCACUGAACCUUUUAAAGAAGCAGCGCAAAUUGUCCACUGACAGUGGUUUUUUUAGCCGGAAAUCAUUCAAAGAUCUGGGGUACAGUGACUAUAUGAUUGAAUCUCUAAGAGCUCAGUCAUUUAUUCGCCCUUCACAUAUUCAGGGCAUGACAUUUGCUCCUGUUAUUGAAGGAAAGAGUUGCAUUAUUGCUGAUCAAAGUGGAUCAGGAAAGACAUUAGCAUAUCUUGCACCAGUGGUACAGCGUCUUAGGCAGGAAGAGCUACAAGGACUUGGUAAUCCCUCAUCAAGAAGUCCUCGAGUAGUAAUAUUGGUACCAACCGCUGAGUUGGCUUCUCAGGUGUUGAAAAAUUGUCGAUCAAUGUCAAAAUGUGGAGUACCCUUUCGGUCCAUGGUUGCAACUGGUGGUUUUCGACAGAAAACCCAGUUGGAAAAUCUAGAGCAAGAUUUAGAUGUUCUUAUAGCAACACCUGGCCGUUUUAUUUUCCUCCUUCAAGAAGGGUUCUUGCAUUUGACAAACCUUAAGUGUGCUAUUCUAGAUGAAGUAGAUAUACUCUUCAGUGAUGAAGAAUUUGAACAAGCACUGCAAAGCUUAAUCAACUCUGCACCUUUGACAACACAAUAUCUUUUUGUGACUGCAACUUUACCAGUGGACAUAUAUAACAAGCUAGUGGAAGUUUUUCCUGAUUGUGAAGUGAUUAUGGGACCUGGCAUGCACCGUACAAGCUCUGGCCUUGAAGAGGUUCUUGUAGAUUGCAGUGGAGAUGAUGGAACAGAAAAAACACCAGAGACAGCAUUCCUCAACAAGAAAUCUGCUCUACUGCAGCUUGCAGAGGAAAGUCCAGUUCCUAAAACCAUCGUCUUCUGUAACAAGAUUGAGACAUGCAGAAAAAUUGAGAAUGUAUUAAGACGGUUCGAUAGGAAAGGAGUUCGUAUCAGAGUAUUGCCAUUCCAUGCAGCCUUGGCACAAGAAGCACGCCUUGCAAAUAUUAAAGAGUUUUCCAAUCCUUUUUCAGAAGUAGAUUCUCUGUUCCUGAUUUGCACUGAUAGAGCAUCAAGGGGGAUUGACUUUUCUGGUGUGGAUCAUGUUGUGCUCUUUGACUUCCCUCGAGAUCCAAGUGAGUAUGUACGUCGUGUCGGAAGAACUGCUAGGGGUGCUGGGGGGAAGGGAAAGGCAUUUGUUUUUGUGGUUGGGAAACAGGUUUCCCUUGCACGAAGGAUAAUAGAAAGAAAUAUAAAGGGUCAUCCAUUACAUGAUGUUCCAUCAGCAUAUGAAUUGAUGAGCUAGAAGUUGCAUACCCAAAUGCCUUGUUCUUCCUACUUGGUUUUAAAAGAAAAAACAGAAGUUGAAUCUGCCAUACACCAGGAGUGGGGGUGUCUAAAACCGCCCAUCAGCACUGAUACCAAUUUUUGGGAUUAUCAAAGAUCUGUAUCAACUUUUGACAAUUGAAAUCCUUUGCUGUAAAGAUGAAAUGUUAGUCACAUUUCCAUAUCAUGUUUCAUUUCAGUUUCAGCUAAUAAUCCAACAUAGUGGAAAGGGGCAUUCUGUUGA